AUGAAAUCUUCUGGCGGCUGCAGAGGCAAGGGCGGGAAGCUUGGCGCCAAGAGCAAGGGCAAGGACAACGUGCUGCUUGCUGCCAGGGACGAUGACAUCAUGAGCUCCAUGGGCGGCGGCAGCGCGAUGAACGUCAAGCCUGAGACGACGCCCGCCGCGAAGUCGCGCCGUGUGUCAGGAGCUUCGUCGGCAGCGGCAGCGGUGAUUUCUCCAGCAUCGGCGAAGACCCCGCAGAAGGCCAUCAUCGAUGCCAAGCCCUACUUGACGAACGCCGGCGUGGAGGCCUACACAGACGAGCUCCUCGAGGCCCCUCAUAAGCGUGGUCGUACUGAGUGCCCCAACACCCUGGCCAAAGCUGAUAACAACGACGAGUUCAAUUGCAAGGUGUGGGGUAAUUACAGCUUCGAGUGGAAGAAGGUCUACUUCCCAGCUGGGCCAGCGUGUUGGGAUUGCGGGCCUGCGUGCGACUCCUUUGCUUUCAUCGGGAACCCUGGGGCGGUGAUCGCCAAGUGCAACGAGGACCAGCACCGCGCGUUCUUCUUUCCCAGCGACGUUUACCGCAGCCAGUCGUUCUUCACCAGGGUGCUGAAGCGCAAGCGUGGGCUCACCGCGUCAGAAUUCGAGGACCAUUUCAAGCAGAGCCACGAGGUCGAGGGCUUCAAGCUAUCGCUGAUCGACAACCCCGACGACCCGACCAGCAAGAUGCAGGUGGUUCUGGUCAACGAUACCGAGCGGCUCGCCGACGACGUCGGCGUCAUCGUUGAGUGCGGCGUCUCGCGCUCCACGACCGAGGACGAGUAUAGGCUGAUGGCGGACAACCAGUUGGUGGCGUCCCAGGGCAAGGGCUUCUUUGCCGAGAUGGUUCGCCCGAGUGGGCAGGAGGAUGCCCAGUGCAAGCGAUGCCGCCUGCAGGACAUCAGCUACGACGCUUGCGUCCCCAGGCCCGUGCUUUCUCCCGCUGGCGAUGGCGAGCCAGCCGACGGCGCGGAAGCCGCCGAGGAUGGCGGUGAUUUGCCACUGUCCCAGGAGGAGCAGCAAGCUAAGCAGCCUGCCAAGUACGGCUACUGGACCAAGCUUACCAAGGGGAGGUGGGGCUUUGUGGCGACUGUGGCCUGUUGCAGAGCCGAUGACGAAGACAAUGAAGAUGACGAGGACGAUGCCGCUUCCACGGUGUCGGGUGGCGCUGGUGGCCAGCUCAAGCUUGGGGAGAACUUCGAGAGCAUGUUGCAGGAGAAGCUCAGGGCCAUCAAUCUCACCACCAUCGCGAGUGGACUGAACAACCUUGGGCACAAGAGGGCGCGUCUGAAGGCCAGGAGGGACACGUUCAGCGGGUCAUCCAGCCAGGUCGAGAUCGAUGCCGCGGGGCUCAUCACGAAGCGCCUCGACUUGGCAGCGUACGCAGAGGACUUGUCGAAACCAGAGUUGCUGCACACGUUGCCUCCAGAUGUGUUCGAGACAAAGAUGUCAGCGUUAGUUUCGACGGGCAUGGUGAUACCAGUUUCGCUUGCAGUCGAGAUCGGCAACCGCGCGGCAUCAGCCUUGGGGGCAGAGAUCGCGAGCGGCAGCUCGGAUGACAUCGUGGGGUUCUUCAAGAUCGUAUUGCCGACGGCGCUGGUGUCGGUUGAGGGCGAGGAGCAGCUGCAGUGUCCCGAGGGCGAGCUUGGCUUUGAUUGGCGGGGCCCGUGCGGGUACCAGAUCCCUGGCGAUGCAGCGGCGAAGGUGGUCAGGUUUGAGAGCGCGACCUUCUCCUAUUUGUUGUGCCCGCUGCUGCGGAGCUGGUCCACGUCACGAACUACAGAGCAGUGCAUCGGCAUGUGUCAGAAGAUCGACCAAGUAUUGAUCAACUCAAUGGGGGAGGACGUCGAUGAGGCGAUUCAGUUGAGCGUGAACUCCGCGGUGGAGUGUUUGCGGGCAGCCCAGUACGUCAUGGACCCCGACCCGUUGAACUUCAAGUUCGCGGCCGACUUCGACGCGCUGUCGGCGGCCGAGCCGCCGCCCUCCGACGGUCAGUGGAAGGGCCUGAGGUUCUACUUCAACGAGCGGAUGUGCGAGACGGCCGCCUUCGCCAACAACGUGGUGUCCAUCAAGAAGACCAAGGUGAAUUGGGCGAAACGGUUCUUGCUGGACUU